AUGACGAUUGUGAGCCUCUAUGGACGAGAGUCCCCUCUGGGGGAGAUUGCUGCCUCCCCACUUGUGAGCAGAUCAGAUGGCAUGGGGAGAGCAAUGCCAGAAUACUGGAAAAUGCUGUCCUUCCUUUUUGCCAUCCAGGACAUCAACCAGGAUCCCCAUCUCUUGCCCAACAUCACCCUGGGUUACAAUAUCUAUGACAACUAUUUCAGUGCACAAAUGACUACGGAUGCUCUGCUGGACCUGCUUUCGGACGGGGAGGCCAACGUUCCCAACUACAGCUGUGGAAGGCAGAGAAACACAGUGGCUGUUCUUGAGGGGGCCGAAACUGGCAUCUCCAUCCUCAUUUCGACCAUGUUGGGCACCUACAAAGUCCCACAGAUAUCUUUCAGAUGCUCCUACAGCAAGGAUGCCUUUUCUGUGAAAGUCUGGAGACGGUGCAGAGAGAGAGAAGAACGGCAGGCUCAGCCUCGGGAGAUAAUUGAUCAGAUCCUGUCUCUGGACAGCUAUUUCAUUUACCAGACAAUCUGGGCUGUGGCCCGGGCCUUACAUGCAGCUUCUUUAUCCAGAUCUAAGCGGACAAGGGCCAAAGGUGGGAAGAACUUGGAGACUCCAAGGCUGACGUCUUGGCAGCCAGAAGAUCAAUAUCCAAACAAACAUCGAGAUCAUUGUAUAGACAAGAUUAUAACCUUCCUAUCCAAACACGAAAAUCUGGGGAUCAUCCUGGCUUCCCUUGCCUUCUUCCUGUCUUUAAUCACAGGCUUUGUCUUGGUGAUGUUCAUUAAAUUCCAAGACACUCCAAUCAUCAAGGCCAACAAUCGGGACCUCUCCUACAUCCUCCUUGUCUCCCUCCUGCUUUCCUUCUUGACCUCCUUCCUCUUCAUUGGCCAACCAAGGAGAGCCACCUGCCUUCUCCGACAAACAGCUUUCUGCAUCAUUUUCUCACUGGCUGUCUCUUCUGUCUUGGCCAAAACAGUCAUGGUGGUGUUAGCCUUCCUGGCCACAAAGCCAGGGAAUAAAGUGCAGAGAUGGCUGGGGAAGAGCUUGACCAACUCCAUCAUCCUUUCUUGCUCUGGUGUGCAAAUUGUCUUCUGCAGCAUCUGGUUGGGGACUUCUCCCCCCUUCCCUGAGUCUGACAUGAACUUGCAGUAUGGCAAGAUCAUCCUGCAAUGCAAUGAAGGUUCUGUCUCCAUGUUUUAUGUAGCUCUUGGCUAUAUGGGCUUCCUGUCUACUAUCUGCUUCAUGGCGGCGUUCCUGGCCAGGAAUCUACCUGGGGCCUUCAAUGAAGCCAAGCUGAUCACCUUCAGCAUGCUGGUCUUCUGCAGUGUUUGGGUCUCCUUUGUGCCCACCUACCUGAGCACCAAGGGCAAGUACAUGGUGGCUGUGCAGAUCUUCUCCAUCUUGGCCUCCAGUGCUGGCCUUCUGGGCUUCAUCAUUUUCCCCAAAUGCUACAUUAUUUUUUUAAGACCAGAUCUGAAUACAAAAGAGCAUGUGAUGUUAAAAUAG